AUGUGCGGCGACUCACCUUUACUCGUUCGUUUGCCGCUGGAGCUCGUCCAAAGGGUUCUCGAGGAAACAGUCCUUGCCGUGGGUAUCAGUGAGGCCGGGAGGCUGCAAUCGGUGUGCAGAGUCUUUCAGCGCGAAAUACCGGGCGCUAUAUCCAGAACCCGGGCUCUUGAGCAGGAGCCUCCGGCACGGCAGAGGUCAUUCAGCCACCGGUGUGUGGUAAAAUACAUCGUGGCUCGCGCGUUCGCAGAUGGGAAAACAAAUGAAAAUCUAUCAGCACGACUACAUCGCAUUCUUGAAUCGCUGCCAGAGAUCGGCUCGCACUACACAACAACAUACAGAGAGGCUAUGGAAGCCCUCGCAACUGCGGUCGUUGAGCAUCGUCAGCCUGAACGAGCUUUGAACCUUUUGGACGAAACGAAAGAGCCAGGGUUACUAGAUGACACAUUCCGCAGAGACUGCCUGGGAGCAGCUGCGCUGUUGGGUAUACCUCGAAUGUUUGAUGAAACAUUUGCCGACGCGUCCGUUUCGCACGAACGCGGAAUUUCCCCCUAUCAUGGAGCCGCUCUUGUGGAUUCGCCGAUGAUACUCUCAGCUACGGGAGGACACCAAGGACUGCUAGCCAGGGUUUUGGAUGUGAGAGUUAAGCCAGCAUUCGCCGAAGAGUGGGAACUACUGCGAGCGUUCCGCCAUGCCAUCUUCCGAAAGGACGAAGACAUGGUCCGCCUACUUCUUAGUAUCGACUUGGACGACAGUUGUUACCAAGACUUCGCGGUAUUUGCGGCGGAGGCAGGCAGCGCCUCGAUGGUUCGUCUGUUCUGCGAACACUACCAGGUGGAUUGGAGAUGCGAGGAGAUACUCGUCUCGGCCGCUGCACAUGGUCACAAGGACAUCGUCGAAGGAUGCCUCGAUCAUGGCGCCGACAUCAACAAGGCGGGUGUCUACAAGAAUGAUUGCAUAGAGCCUCUCGUGGCUGCAGCAAGACGCGGUCAUGUCGAUAUCGUACGUCUAUUGUUGGCUCGAGGGGCGGAUCCGACCAUCUAUCCGCGUAAUGAUCCGAGCUUCAAACCGAACGAACAAGCGCUAUGUUAUGCCGCGAUGUACGGACAUAGAGCGAUCGCGGAAAUCCUUAUAGCGACCGGUGCAUAUUCGGCGAGCCGACGGUGGUCGGCGCUGGUUAAAGCCGCCUGGAAUGGACACGGACGUGUGGUCGAGUUGCUUCUGAAUUCUGGCCUCAAUGUUAAGGACGAGAAAAGGGGAGCGGCCGCCGAUGCGCUCUAUGGUGCCGCGGCUGGGGGGUUCGAAACACUUGUUCGUUUGCUGAUCGAUCGCGGCGUCGAUAUUGACGGACCGAGCGAGGAAUUCAGGCCCAUGAUCGGCGCCCUGGCAUAUGGGCAUCCGCACAUCGUGGUAGCGCUUCUCGACCUUGGAGCGCAGGCGAUAGACCCUUAUCGGUGUAACUAUGGCGACGACGACUUUACUCGUGCGGACCAUCCUUAUAAUAAGGGCUUCGGAGGAGUGAAGCCUAUCCCUAGCACACUACCGGCGGAUCUGAUUGCUCGUAUCGAUUCGUUGGUCCAACUCUCUGGCAAACCGCAAUGA